AUGGACACUCCAAAGCCAAACAACACCGAACCUAUGCGCACGAGAGAAAACUCGGCAACUUCAACCCAUCAUCGGCAAGUGGUUGCUGAGACCCUGAGCGGCAACACACCUACUGCUAGCACCGAGACAUUAGGUCGCAACCGAGCCAAUGCAGACGGCAUAGUUACUGGAGGCACAAAGCUAACAAAACCGCGUUUUGAAACCAACGAUCAGGAUUCCCGAAUGUCGAAUUGGUUGUGGAACGUUGACCGCCCAUGGGAAGGACUCAAGCAAUCCAAUUCCCCAGACUCCAAAAUUGUACAGGACAAGACGGAGAAUAAUGUCAUGGCCCAAGAUAAACAAGGCGCCAUGACUCCAUCAAGAAAGUAG